GGUCAUAACAAUAACAGCCUUGAUAAAAGGUGAAGGACGUCAGUUAUUAAAGUUUCUGCUGUCUCCUGUCAUCGUGAACAACGACUUUGAAGAUUUCUCUCAAGCAUCGUUGCGGUUGAAUAUAUAGCUAGUACAUUUGGUAACGUGGUAAAAAAUGAAGUUAAAAAUAUAUGUUACGAGAAUAGUACCACAAGAGGGUAUAGAUAUCAUAAAAGAUAAAUAUGAUGUAGAUGUGUGGGAUAGUGAAGAUGUAAUACCAUAUGAAGCAUUACGAGAAAAGGUUGUUGGUAUAACAGCCUUGUUCUGUACUAUAAGUGACAAUAUAGAUGCUGGUAUACUAGAUGCAGCAGGUCCAUCACUCAAGGUAGUAGCUACUAUGUCAGUUGGUCAACAUCAUAUUGACCUUGAAGAGUGUAAACGUCGUGGUAUCCAAGUUACUAAUACACCAGAUGUUGCUUCUGAUAGUGCAGCUGAACUGACUGUUGCUUUGUUACUGUUGACAACAAGACGACUUUUGGAAGGGUUUGAAGCUGUAAAGAACGGAGAGUGGGGAAAGUGGAAGCCAAUGUGGAUACUGGGAACUGAAUCAUUGAAUCGUACACUUGGUAUAAUGGGAAUGGGUAGAGUUGGUUUUGGUGUUGCGCGUCGUCUCAAACCAUUUGGUGUCUCGAGAAUAAUCUAUUAUGACGUCACACAGGCUGCCUUUGCUGAUGAUGUAGGUGCAGAAUUAGUGUCAUUUGAAGAAUUGUUGAAGGAAUCUGAUCUUCUAUGUGUAUGUUGUGCACUCACUCCACAAACAAGACAUAUUUUUGAUAAAUCGGCUUUCAGUAAAAUGAAAUCCAGUGCUGUAUUGAUCAACACAUCUCGUGCGGCCUUGUUACAGCAAUCUGAUUUAUAUGACGCUUUGAAAGAAGGUCAAAUAUCUGCAGCAGGACUUGAUGUAACUGACCCAGAACCGUUACCCAUUAAUCACCCACUCUUAUCAUUACCUAAUUGUGUUAUAUUACCACAUCUUGGUACAAAUACCACCGAUGCUCGAUCAAAUAUGUCCAUUAACACAGCCAUGAAUAUACGAGCUGUGUUAGAACCAUUGGAAUAAAGCGACUUCAAGGCUGAGAAGCAAAACAAAUAUUGGCAUUUGGAUAUGCAACAUUGAAAACACUUCUAGAUAUGUUUUUAUGUUAUUUUAAUUUCAAUUUAUUACAAAGGGCAAAAUGUAAUUAAGAAUGGCCUUUGGCCCAAUUUUGUGCUCUUUUUAAAUAGAGUUAUUAUUACAUGUAUUAUAUGAAUAGAGUAAUGUUUUUUGUAUGUUAUUAUAUAAUCAGUGAAUAUUGUUAUUAUACUUAUGUUAAUAAAACUUAGAAUACAUUAA